GGGAGGGCGGCUCCACUCCUUGUUCGCCAUUCCUGCCUGGGGAAGCGAGCUGCUGGUGUGGACCCUGAAAUACUCAGAGAAUUACUCACAUAAAAGUACUUUAGAAAGCGGACAAUGGCAGAGCACGAUCCCACCCCCGAGCAGCUAGCGGCGAUCGCGGCAGAGAACCAGGAAGGAGAGACCUCGGUGAAUUACAAGCCGCCAGCACAGAAAACCCUGCAGGAGAUCCAGCAGCUGGACCAGGAUGACGAGAGCCUGCGCAAGUACAAGGAGGCCCUGCUGGGAAACGUCAACAUCACAGUAGCUGACCCCAAUGCCCCAAAUGUACAAGUGACAAAGCUAACGUUGAUGUGUGAAACUGCUCCUCUGCCUCUAACCCUGGACCUGACAGGUGAUCUGGAAGGCUUUAAGAAGCAGUCGUUCGUCCUGAAGGAGGGAGUGGAGUACAAGAUUAAAAUCAGUUUUAAGGUUAACAGAGAUAUUGUCUCAGGCUUGAAGUACGUCCAACAGACCUACAGGAAAGGAGUUAAGAUUGACAAGACGGAUUACAUGGUGGGCAGCUACGGGCCGCGCCCCGAAGAGUACGAGUUCCUGACACCACUGGAGGAAGCGCCCAAGGGCAUGCUGGCCAGGGGCACCUACAACAUCAAAUCGAAAUUCACAGACGACGACAAACACGACCAUCUGUCCUGGGAAUGGAACCUCAACAUCAAGAAGGAGUGGAAGGAUUAAUCCGGCCAGCAGCAUCACCCUCACAUUAGGAGAGGCUGAAUCAGCAGCUAUACAGUACACCACCUUCGACUACUACACCCCCUACUGUACCAAAGUGAUACCACAACUUUUCCUUUGUUUACAAAAGAACAGCAUCACCAUCCAAAAGAACAAAUUUGUACUGCAGAGUAAGAACAUCGUAGCUGGCGAGAGAAACACAAGUUGUGAAAUCCAGUAUUUGUUUAUUAAGAAAAUGUUGGCAUGCUAUUUGUGUUCGUCGCCCUUCGUUGUUUUUAUCCCCACACCCCGUUUUUUUUUUGUUGUUGUUUUGUUUUAUUUAGGUUCUGUUUUACCGAAAGCUGCCUUUUGAAGUUAUCUGUUAAAGAACCAUGAGAGAAGUAUUAGAUCUGUACCCACCCACCCCCCCCCCCCCCCCCCCCCACCCCACCCCCCCCAUUCCUAAGAGAAGGAAAAGGCUUUUCCAUACUGCUAGGCAAACAGUAUCAAAUUGAAAGACUUAGUAGUUUCAUACACAUGUAUAUUGAGCAUUGAGACUGCAUUUAUUUGUGUACACUGAUGUUGUUUUUAUUUUCUUUACCUGCUGUUCCAGUGAGAUUGGGACCCAGUCCUAUCUUUUCUGUAGCUGGUAAGCUGAUGUAAAUACAGUGUUCUAUUUGAAGUUUGCCUUGCAAUUCUGCAGGAUGUUUUUCUCUCUCUUUUUAAAAUACGGUCCCAGUCUGAUGUCAACAAGUGUGUGUGUAUGUAUGAUGUGUGUGUGUGUGUAUGUAUGUGUAUAUAUAUAUAUAUAUAUAUACACACACACACACACACACACACACACACACACACGCACAUAUAUAUGUGUGUGUGUACAGUUAGAUUUAGAGGCAGUUUUCUUAAAAUAAUCCAAUUAACCCAAUUUAAUUUUUUUAACCAUGUUGCCUUAAUGUUAAUGAUGAUUACUGCAGAAAUAAUAAUAAUCCUGUAGACUACUCACAUGUAUUUAGUUUCCUGUUGAUCUGACUGCAAAUUAAGUUUUUCAGGUGGAGUAAAGGGACUCUGUCCUUGCUCAGUACAGUACCAGCCCAAAUUGAGUAGCUAAUAUGCAGUAUUGUGGAGCCUGUUAUAGUCCAUUUAGUCUGUUAGAGUUUAUAUAAUUAUGUGAUAAGAAAGAGAUUAAUGGGAGAGACUUUGUUCCUUGCUUUUGAGAGCUGAUAAUUCUACAAAAGUCAACCAUGUCACCUGAAUGUAUUGUAUUCAUUUAUUAGCUGCUUAAUGUGGGCUGACACCCGGUAACGUGUUAAUUAAAGAGAGUGCAAGAGGAGAUCACUACUGGUGGGUGCCACAUUUCUGAGCCGGCCUUUGACCUGUUGGUAAAAGUCACUCUGCUGAGCUGGAGUACAACGCCUAAGGUCUUUUUUGGGGGAGGGUGUUUUCUUGAAGGAACUGCGUACAGAAUAACAUCUUGAAGCUGAUGUGACAAAGCCCCAGUUACUCUGCUUUCCUCAUACUAAGGAGGGGGAAAUUAAGAUGUGCCAGUCAUUGCACUGUUACCUGUAAUAGAAAAGUAAGGAUGCAAAGUAGGCUGUUUGGACUGAAAUCUUCCAAACUGAAGUUACAAAUACUCCAUGCAGGGCCUUUUGAAGAUGUUCCUUUGAAACCUAGUGUUGUAUAGAAUGGAGCAGAAAAAAUAUAUAGUAUAGUAACAUUUGUGUAAAUGAAUGUGCCUGCUUCAUUUUAUAUGUCUACUUUCUCAUCAAAUAAACAGUAUCCCUUUUUUUAAAAAAUUAUUUUCAAACUCCUCUGCGCCUUUGAAAGGCCAUGCCUCCAGAUUUCAGACAUGGGAAUUGGAUUAGUUCAAAUUCACCAAAGGGGCUUACUGUCUUUGAUCAGACUAAUACAGAGUACUAUAGCGGGGGAUAAAGAUGCCUUACAUGAGUUAAGACCUAUUGUUCAAUGAAACAAACACCAACACUUGCCUCUUGUGAAUCAGUGUUUGACACAGAGAAUCUAGGACAACUUCCUUGCACUCCUCCCGUAAUAGCAGUGUCCUUAAUUUCUGUAGCUCACUUAAAGGCUUUGAAAUAUGACACAAAAACUACAGUGCCACCACCAGAGCCAGCAAAAAGUCAAAAAGGAAAAAUGUUCUUGUAGCCUAUGGCAACUUUUGGAGCCCAAUUCGAUUUAACGUUCUGAUAGGAAAUGAGAGAAACUAAGUGAAUAUGCAGUGCAAUUGCAUCUCAUUUAAAGGAUUUCUUCACAUUUUAGUUUAUUUCACAAACUCUUAACCCUCCAGCUAAAAUGUGAAUUGAAUUUAGGGUUAUCCAGUGUGUAGUCAAGCAGUAAAAUACCAGACAGGGGUCAUGGCUAUUGAAAGGGUUAGGUGUCAAGGCAACUAGAUAUGGGGCUUUUCUGGCCCCGAUUCAGUAACAGUGUUUGUGAUUGUCUGGGUACAUGUCGGCAAGUGUCAUAGCUAGUAGAAAUGGGACCAAUCGAGUGGUUACUUGUAGCUGUGUAAUGUUAUUUACCCAUAAACCCUUUUAUAUUUUUCCUUUUUAAAAAAAAAAAAAAAAAAAAAGAGAAUGAUUUAUUUUUUUUGUCUGUCUGUUUUUGCUACUUAUUCUGUGUAGCCUGGAUAACAGUUUCCAGACUUUUCAUUUGAUUUCAAUAAAGUGUCCAGACUGGAUCCAUUAUAAAUCUA